GAUAACAACACGGCUAUAAAAGCCUUGUGGAUAGCUGUAUGGACCAUUCUACUACCGAUCUGACCUCUCCACCACUACAAGACAAUGCAUGGAACUUCGCUGGCACCUACUAUGUCGAUGACAAGGAUCAGGCUCGCUCCACUGGUGAUCGAUAGCGGGUCCGGAAUGUGCAAAGCUGGUUUCGCCGGAGAUGAUGCUCCACGGGCCGUUUUUCCUUCUAUAGUCGGACGACCACGACAUCAAGGUGUUAUGAUAGGAACGGAACAGCGUGACUCGUACGUAGGCUCGGCUGCGCAGACGAAAAGAGGUGUACUCAGCAUCAAAUACCCUAUAGAGCAUGGGAUUGUAACAAACUGGGAUGACAUGGAACGAAUCUGGCAUCAUGUCUUCAGUAAUGAAUUGCGUGUGACACCCAGCUCACAUGCUGUGCUCCUCACCGAACCGCCGUUGAACCCCCGCUCCAACCGUGAAAAAAUGACUCAAAUUAUGUUCGAGUCCUUCCAAGUUCCUGCGAUGUAUGUGGCUAUACAAGCCGUGCUGUCACUGUAUGCGUCUGGCAGAACAACCGGAGUAGUGAUUGACUCUGGCGAUGGUGUUACUCAUACUGUACCCACGUACGAGGGUUACUCCUUGCCUCAUGCGGUGUUCCGGCUUGACCUUGCUGGGAGAGACUUGACUGAUUAUCUUAUAAAAAUUCUCACCGGGCGCGGUUACUCGUUUACCACAACGGCAGAGCGGGAAAUUGCUAGAGAUAUAAAGGAAAAACUCUGCUAUGUUGCACUAGACUACGAACAAGAGACUGUUAACGCCGAGCACGCUAUGGAAUCUAUUGAGAAGAACUAUGAAUUACCUGAUGGUCAAGAAAUUACAAUAGGCUCGGAGCGAUUUCGCGCCCCUGAAGUACUGUUUCAGCCGCACGUAUUGGGUAAAGAAUCUAGCGGAGUACAUGAAAAUUGCUACAAUUCAGUGAUGAAAUGCGAUAUCGACAUACGCAAAGAUCUUUACAUGAACAUCGUACUGUCUGGUGGCACUACCAUGUUCCCAGGAAUAACUGACCGCAUUAAGAAAGAGCUUACUUCAUUGGCUCCUAGAACUGUUAGAGUGAAGAUCAUGGCACCACCCGAGCGCAAGUAUUCGGUAUGGAUUGGUGGUUCCGUAUUGGCAUCGUUAUCGACCUUCCAACAAAUGUGGAUCAAUAGGUCUGAAUAUGAUGAGUACGGCGCAUCAAUUGUGCAUCGAAAAUGCUUCUGAUGAAAGUACACUCUUAUUGCUAACAUGGUCUCGUCCAAUAAAAUCU